GUGAGAAGUGGACUUGGAAAACAACUAUUAACUUAUCUUUCUUGGUUUGAUGGUGGAUUUCUGCAGGAUCUGAAUACUCCAUUGUGCCCUAAGGUUAUUGUUUUAUCCAUUAGCAGGGUAAGAUGUUCGCCAGGCUUUUAGGAAGACGUGGUGUAGUAGGAUUUGCAGUCGGUUCGGUGAGUUUAGGUGUGUGUUAUGGUGUGUAUAAUGGCCGAACCAGUCCAGUCGCUGUGGUUAUGGCCCGCCAAGAGAAUGCACAAACCCGCCGACAGUCCAGAUUCGAAAAGUUUGCGUCGUGCCAAGCGCAAGGACAGUGCUUGAUGACUCCGGCUGACUUCUUGGAAUCCAUAGUACACGAAGAUCUCCCAGGAUGGAGUAGAAAAAGGGAAGUAAAUAAUCAAGAUAUAAACAGAAUGCUGAAUGGAACACCAGGCAUACGAAAAGGAAGCAACAAGUUUUUUCGCCAGUUGCAAGACAGAGGGAUCAUUACAUAUCCUGAGUAUCUUUUUCUUGUGACAAUUCUAACAAAAUCAAGGCGUGGCAUAGAAAUUGCCUUCAGAAUGUUGGACAAAGAUGGCAACCAUGAACUAAGCAAGGAUGAAUUUCUUGUGCUUGAAGAAAUGGUGAACAUGAAGGCAACAUCAAAAUCAAUGGCAGCCCUCCCUGGAGGAAUGGACCCAAACCAAUGGCAAAACCUUGUGGGUAAUACAACUCUUAAAACCCACUUUUUUACUCCAAGGGGGAAUGGAACAUUGACUUUUGCUCAGUUCUCCAAGUUUAUGGCGGAUCUUCAGGUGGAGGUGUCAGAAAUGGAAUUCAUUGAAUAUUCCCGUGGGAUGCCGACUGUUCCUGAAGAGAGUUUUGCUCGACUUUUGCUGAGAAACACCGCACUAGAAGCUGAAGAGGUGGCUAAAUACUUAGAUCGCUUGAACAGUAGACUCACUGUCAGAAAGGGCAUAACCAAGCAGCAAUAUGUGGACUUCUCUAUGUUCCUCAACAAUCUUGAUGAUUUCUCCAUGGCAAUGCGUAUCUACUCGAUAUCGGGACAGCCCGUCACGCAAGACGAGUUUCAGCGCGCGGUGCGCAUCUCCACGGGUCACGCUAUCGAUCCCUAUGUCGUGCAUACAGUUUUCCAGCUCUUCGAUAACGACGGUGACGGGAAGCUGUCGUACGAGGAGUUCAUCGAGCUCAUGAAGGAUAAGCAAAAGAGGGGAUUCCGGGCUCGCAUUGGUGAUAAGACCGGAUGGGAAGGAUUCAAAGCGUGCGUCAAGAAGGAAUUGUCCGUUUAAGAUCUGACGCUAAUGUGCGAUUUAAAAUAUUAAAAUAGAAUGGCCGCUGUGUCAAAAAAAUGGAUUAAUCUUCGGGACAAAAAUUGCUCCAGUGGAGGACACCCCUCGAGACGCAUCCUCAUUAACAGGGUGUUUGUAUUAAACAGGUUAAGAUUUUUUGAAGAUGUGUGUAGGUUUAUUUACUCGAGACUCUAUGCCCUUAAUAUAGAGGUGCCCUUAUCCUUAUCGUUAUUAUCUAAUGCAAACAGCACCAACAUCAGCAUUGCUUGCGCCGCUACGCUCGGCCUACCUAAUAAUAAUAAUAAUAAUAAUAAUAAUAAUAAUAAUAAUAAUAAUAAUAAUAAUAAUAAUAAUAAUAAUAAUAAUAAUAAUAAUAAUAAUAAUAAUAAUAAUAAUAAUAAUGUUUGUUUAAUUCAACCGAUUGCAGUACAUGAAUAGACUGAAUUGAUUCAGCGAUUACUACAAUAUAAUUCACAACACAUAUUUAGCGUAUUUAACGGAAGCAAAUUUAGAAAAGCGGUCUGUACGACCCGCUUCAACGUGGCGACUACAACUCCCUGAUCUUAGAGCAUAUGGCGUAUUGAUAGGCACUACCCUUCUGGAUAUUAGAGGGUAGAGCACACUAUCCUGCUUAAUGCCUGAAAUUAGUUUAAUACAAGCCUUAUGGCGGCGUCAACAACGCCAGCAUUACUGGGCUAGUAACCAACGUCCCAUGCUCGGGCCUUUAGAGCGGUUUCACGGUACAAAUCGGGCUUUUAGAGCAGUUUUGCAGCGACGGUAUUCAAAUGCAUCUAUCGACCAGGGAAAGUAACAAAAUCAGGCAAUGAAACAGGAUAAUCUCAUGUUUCUGGAGACAGUAUAUUAUUCUCAUCUUGUAUUUCACAAGUCGCGUUCGUGGACUGUGCAUUUAGCAAUUAUGUUGUUGUUGUAAUGUGAUAUUUAUUAAAAUUUAAAGAGUCAUUUA